CAAAGUGGACAUGACAAAAUGACAAAACACAGCGUCAUUGCUGCACAGCACGAAGUCAGGAAGUUGCACUGUAGAUAAGCGGUUUUGUCUGUAAGUUCCAUAACAUUGUUAUCAAAAGAAAACACUAUUAAACUCCCCAAUGAAAGACACAUUUAAGACACCAUAACCAUAAAUAAUGCAGAUUUCCUUAUAUCCAGUCGGAAUCAGAAUCCAGGGGCAGUCUUUUCGAUUGUUUAAAAAAACCUUCAGCAGAGAAUGUGAAGAUAAAAGUAAAUGAGAGGAUGUUCAUUCCCCUCCCCGGCUGCAUGAUGAACUCGUCAUUUCCUCUGCAUCAUCGCAAUGUGCUGUUUAUCGUAAGCUUAGUGAGGCUGCAUAGAGGGCAGAGAGACAUAGUUGUGUGGAAAAUUCCGUCUCCGUGCAAAAUACCGUAGGUGUGGUUUUCAAUUGUUUCCACAUGUACACUGAGGGUCUUCAGAACUAAGAAAAGGCAAGAACAAAGCAGCAAGAAGCACGGUGCAGGUCGUGUGUCAGCCAUAUCAAGAUUAAGUGGACCGGAGAAACACUCAUGGCAACGCUCAGCUGCAACAAAGAGGAGAAUUCGAAUGAUAUUCAACACAAUGCCAACAUAAAGGAGGAAACGGAGGAGCCACCCAUCCAGAUGUGUGAGACUCAGGAUGUGCCGUGCGACUCCUGCAUGGACAGCCCCAGCAAGGCUGUAAAAUCCUGCCUGACCUGUCUGGUUUCUUACUGCGAGGCCCACCUCAGACCACAUCUGGAGAACACCAAGUUUCAAAACCACCGUCUGGUGGAUCCCCUGCACGACAUCGACUGUCGGAUUUGUGAGGUGCACCAUCUUCCUCUGGAACGCUUCUGCCUGGUGGACGGCUGCUGUGUGUGUCUGGACUGUGAGAGACAAGCGCACGAAGGGCACACGAUUGCACCUGUUGGGGAGGCACGCACACAGAUUGAGACUCAGCUGCAGAAGAAACAAGAAGAGAUCAACCAGAACACCUCAGCAGCUGGGAAAACCAUUGAAAAGCUGCAGAGCAACAAUGACCUAAUAAAGGCCUCGGUGCAGGAGGUUUGUGAAUUCGUUGAACAGCAGUUUGCCACCGUGCAGGCGGCUGUGAAGGAGGCCAGAAGAGUGGUGAUGGAGGUGCUGGAGGAGGAGCAGAGAAGAGCACUCAGGCAGGCGGAUGGCAUCCAGGCACAUCUGGAGCAGAGGAGAACGGAACUGAUGAAGACUUUGGCUCAAAUGAACAAAAUGUCCAGGAUCAAGUCCGAUGUCGACUUCCUGCAGGAAUACUCCGAGUGGAGGAAAGGAGCUUCAGAUGUGGGUCUGCCCAGUGUGCACAUCAACCGCAUGGACCAUCUCACCUCCUAUGUCCAAGUCCUGACGGAUCCUACGCAGGAGCUGUGUGAUGUGAUUCUCUCCUCCUACAGGGACCAACUGAGCUUGUUUUGUAAAGGGGGUACUAAAUCCCCGAAGCCGGAAUCUCAAACUCCAUCCCUGUCUGAUCCAGAGACCCGAGACGACUUUUUGAAAUACACAAUCGGUUUGACCUUUGACCCCGACACCACCCACCACUUCCUGCGAGUAACGGAGGACAACAGAAAGCUCACCAACACCAGCCCCUGGCAGCACAGCUACCCGGACCACCACGAUCGCUUUGAGUAUUGGCGGCAGGCGCUGACCUCGCAGAGCGUUUACUCGGGCAGGCACUACAUUGAGGUAGAGCUGAGCGGGGAGGGUUCUCACGUGGGGGUCACAUACAAGAGCAUCGAUCGUAAGGGUGAGCACGGCACCUGUUGCAUCACCGGGAACGACUUUUCCUGGUGCGUGGGGAGGAACAGCCGAGGUUUCUUUGCCUGGCACGCUGGUCUGGAGACGUCUCUGGAGGUUACUGAGGUCAAACGAAUCGGCCUGUAUGUGGACUUCCACAAAGGCUCUGUGUCUUUCUAUGAUGCCAGUGGUCCUAUGGAGCUGCUCCACAGGUACCGGGCGGAUUUCAUUGAGCCUUUGUAUGUGAUCGUCUGGCUGUCAAAGAAAGACAAUGUAGUUUGCCUGGUUAAUGCAGAAUGACCCAUGUUUUACAAGAAUUAGCAGGUGCCAUCACAGUGGGUGUGUACAGGAAAAAUAGUGCCAUAAAUGUUUAUUGAUUUUACAUAACAAGGUACAUUUUCCUCAUAUAUAUCACUGACAGUUAAAUUUAGUGCCAUCUAGUGGUAUUUCUGCAUCAUGACCACAAGAACCCUGUGCAGCAAUAUAGAUAGGUUAGGAAUUUAUUGCAGCUUUAUGGGUUUUUUUUACUGCUCGACGAAACAAAUACACAAUUUUCCUUCCAACAAUGAUUUCAUUUGUGUUACAAGUUCAUUCAGUUAAUAAAAGCUUCAAUUACUGUCA